CACUAGCAUUUCCUAGAAAAGAACCGAUCAAUGGCACCACUGGGAAAUGUGACUCUGAGGAUUAAGUGUAAACAGGCCAGGGCCGGGUCGAUACCUGAACACUACAAGAGUGGACGUCUUGGAGUCUCUCCAGUCAAGAGCCUACAAGAGCAGAGCAGAACAUCAACAGGUAACCAUCAUCAUGGCCGUGAUGUCAUCAGUGCCUCAGUUGUUGGUGCCGUCAGCCCUCCUCUCUCAGCACACCAUGUCAGUUUGUCGUGCUCGUACAACGGUGGACUUCAAAGAGAACAACCUGGUGGGGGACCUCGUGGAGACAAUCACAGUCAAUGAUGGCGUAACCCUGACGUUGGAAACUUCCUCCAGCAACUCCUUCACUCUGGAAGGCAACCGGCUGUUAGCGGCUAAGGUUCUGGACUAUGAGACUUCCAAAAGUCAUGUCGUCAAACUGGUGUGCUUGGAUGGAGGCACGGGCCAGAGGUUGACCCUCAUCAUCGCUGUAAUUGUGAUAAACGAGAACGAUAACCCGCCAGUCUUUGAAGGAAAAUCCUAUCUGAUCAAUGUCAAGGAGCUGAUUCCUGUAGACACACCUAUUGACGAACGCUUUCCCGCCACUGAUAAAGAUGAGAAUACAGUGCUAUACUACACACUGACGUCCGAAACCAAUUACUUUAAACUGGCGUCACCCACCAACCCAGAACUAGUCAUACAGAAUGUUCUGGACUACGACAAAGUCCAACAUGUCCAGAUGGUCUUGUAUGCUCAGGACACGCCCUUAGCAGAAUCUGGUGGCAAGGACUCAUUCACCGCCACGACCACCAUCAGUGUCACUGUCUUAGAUGUGGACAACAGGCCGCCGUGGUUCAAGCCCUGCACCAAACACGUGAUGGCCGGAGCCACCAUCUGCCAGAGUGCCGGCUACACCAGCUGGGUGGUCUUAAAUGAGCAGGAGGCUGAACCGUUAACACUGAAGCCAGGUCCACUUUACGCCAUUGAUGGUGACACUGGGAUCAAUGAAGCCAUAAGAUAUUCGUUCCUGAGCGGAAAUGAAGAUGGCCUGUUUGAGAUCAACCCAACCACUGGGAAUAUCAGCAUGAUGAGGGCGGCUGAUGUGGUAGACACCAUCACUCUAACAGUUCUGGCCGCUCAGACGCCAAGCAGUUCUCAAUUUACAACCACCAGCCUAACCAUCAGCGUCCAGGUGAAGAGCCUUCACCGGCCACAGUUUCAGAGGCUUCAGUAUGAGGGUGUGGUGUCAUCAGUCGGCGCCAUGGCAACAGACCCGGCAAACAAGGACGAGCCGCUGCGGCUCAUUGCCUUGGACGAGGAUUACGCUGCAGCUGGGGGUAUAAAUCCUCACAUGGUCUAUCAUAUUAAAGGGAGUGACGACUUCACUAUCAUCAAUAGCUACUUAUUCAUGACCAAGGACCUCCCAGAGGCCACAUUAUCUCUACAAGUGGAGGCGGUGGACACUUCAAAUGACCAGAAAGCAACAGCUCAGCUAUCAGUGGAAGUGAAAUCAGAUGGAGUGAUGAUCCCGUUGGGUGAAUUCAGAACAGAAGACAUGGCGGCGCUCGGGGCAACGCUUGGGAUUCUUCUCUUCGUCUGUCUGGUGGUCAUUGGAGUGCUUGUCUGUCGCCUUCAAAAGGGAAAAUCUGACUGGAGGAAGAUUCAUGAAGCCAGCGUGUUCCGAAGCUCUCUGGGCCAAGGCUUAGGAGGCCAGAAGGAGGGCAUCCAGUACACCAAUGAGGCUUUCGAGCAUGAUGAAGAUGGAGGCAGUGUGGGCUCAGGGGGGCCAGAUGCCAUCGUGGUGAAGGAGCUGGAAGGAAGAAGUGACAGUUUUGCCGUCAAGUCUUCUGCAGCGCUGACCACUCUCCUUGACGAUGACGUCAGCCUCACGGGCUCCGACAAGGCUGACAGUGAAAAGGAGGUGAAGCCCAUUCUGACGAAGGAGAGGCGCAUGGAGGAAGGCUACAAGGCAGUUUGGUUCAAGGAGGACAUUGAUCCAAACGCUAAGGAGGAGGUGGUCAUAAUCCCAGACAGCAGGGAAGACGACAGUGAGGAAGACAAUGAGGAAGCUUUAGUUAGGGAGGAAGAGGAAGACGAUGAUGACGAUAUCCCAACUAAAAGCUCUAAGAUGGGCUUUGUGGAGGCGGACCUGGACAGUGGACUUGGAGUGAAAAUGGAGGACCCAGCAGAGGACUCAGAGGCUGACGAAAUUGCGGACGUUGCUCUGUGAGUGGGAGGAGGGCGCAGCAGGAGGCGCCCAUAAUAAAAGCUGAUCAUUGAUAAGCUGAGUCCUUAACAUUCAGCCUUAUCGGACUCUCAGAACCAUGAGUGAACAACCUCUUCAUAGGUGGUACUGUAGCACAACCAGCAUCCAUUUUAAAAACUUAUAUGUUCAAUAAGCAUGAUCUAACUAGCAAAAUCCAGUGUCAGGGGAACAGAAAGUGCUAUGUAAAUCUAAAGAAUUCUAUCCAUCCAUCCAUCCAUCCAUUUUCCUCCGCUAAAGAAUUGUUAUUACUAUUUAGUUUUUGCUUUAUUUUGGAACACUGGAAGUUAGUUAAUCAUCAUCCUCGAUUGCUGUUGUUUUGGAACCUGAACAAACUGUUUAAAUUAAAAGUUCUGUAAAUAAGAAUGCGAUUUUUACUGUUAUGUACAAAUAUAAAAUGAUCAAGUGAAAAUAUGAACAGAUUGGUGUGAACGUGAUUAUUUUUACUUUAAUAUAAAUUCCCUGUACAGCAAAGAAUACCCAGAAGUACCUCCGAAGUCCACCACAGUAAUGCCACAA